AUGCGCGUCCUGCCCGUGAGCGGCCGCGCGACGCAGGCCCGCACGGUGCCCGUCACCGCACCUCUUCGGACGCGCGUUGCCCGCGCCGGGACGGUCGUUCGCGCGUCUGACUCGCCGAGCGAGCCCGACCUGUCUGCGACAGAGAAGGACUCGACGCUGUCUGCGACAGAGAAGGACUCGACGCUCUCGAAGCUGACGGCUGCGAUCAACAAGAGCCCCAUCAACGCCGGGAAGAAGCUCCUCGCCGGGCUCCAGGCAGGCGACUACGACAAGGCGGCCGUGCGCGCGGAGAUCGAUGACGCCAUUGCACAGAACAAGGUCGUGGUCUUCAGCUGGUCGUUCUGCCCCUUCUGCGUCCGCGCGAAGCAGCUCCUGGACGACAUCGGGGCCAACUACAAGGCCAUCGAGCUCGACCAGUUCCCGGGCUCCAAGGGCGGCACGGGGAUCAUGUUCCAGCGCGGUUACAAGGGGAACGCACUCAGGGCGGAGCUGGCCGAGAUGACGGACCGCACGAGCAUGCCGAACGUGUUCAUCGGCGGCGUGUCGUACGGGGGGUGCAACGACGGCCCCGGGAUCGUCACGCUGCACGACGAGGGCCGCCUGGUGCCCAUGCUCAAGGAACUGGGCGCCAUCGCGGCGUGA